AACACUUGUCACCAGCAUUUUAUUUAUCCCUCACCACUCUGAACAUACGUGUUGUCUCACAUAGAUGAGGACGCCUGUCAGAGCUGCAGUGUAAGUUGAUUCAUUUUUCCGCAAGCCACACCCCGUCCCCGCGCCCGUGCCCGGGAUGGAGGCCCGAGCGGGAUCCCAGCUGGCCCUGUCCCGGAACGUGCCUGAUGACGUCAUACUCUGGGCGAGGCUGGGCAGCUGGCCAGCCGACCUCUUCCGGAUCCCCGGUCUCCACUUUAGGGACCUUCUUCCACCAGACUUCGUUUGAGCCUUUAGCGCAUGCUCCAAAUCCUCCAGCGUCCCAUAAUGCAUUGUCUGACGCUUUGCCCUCGCCCCUGGCAACAAAUGCGCAGCCGCCCAAGGGACUUUGACGCUGCGCUGCCCGACAGGGUCUCAGAAGAAAGUUUGUCCCUCUGCGCGAUCCGGCAUUCAGAGGUCGUUGCUAGGCGCCCACGUUCCGCUCCUUCACAUCUGAUUGGAUUUCACUCAAAAGUUGAGGCGGGGUUUUACCGUAGCGCGCAUGCGUGCAGCAAAGGAUGGAGGACUCGGAACCCGAGCGGAAGCGGGCUCGCACCGACGAGGCGACUGCCACAGGAAGCCGCUCCGAGACGGAGGAUGAGGGUGACGAAGACUACGUGCCUUACGUGCCUUUGCGACAGCGCCGGCAACUGCUGCUCCAGAAGCUACUGCAACGAAGGCGCAAAGGAGCUGCGGAGGAGGAGCAGCAGGACAGCGGCAGCGAGCCCCGGGGAGAUGAGGACGAUAUCCCGCUGGGCCCUCAGUCCAACGUCAGCCUCCUGGAUCAGCACCAGCACCUCAAAGAGAAGGCUGAAGCCCGCAAGGAGUCUGCCAAGGAGAAGCAGCUGAAAGAAGAGGAAAAGAUCCUGGAGAGUGUGGCUGAGGGCCGAGCCUUGAUGUCAGUGAAGGAAAUGGCCAAGGGAAUCACAUAUGAUGAUCCGAUCAAAACCAGUUGGACACCCCCCCGUUAUGUCCUGAGCAUGUCUGAAGAGCGGCAUGAACGCGUACGGAAGAAGUACCACAUCCUGGUGGAAGGAGAUGGCAUCCCACCACCCAUCAAGAGCUUCAAGGAAAUGAAAUUUCCUGCAGCCAUCCUGAGAGGCCUAAAGAAGAAAGGCAUCCACCACCCAACACCCAUUCAGAUCCAGGGCAUCCCCACCAUUCUGUCUGGCCGUGACAUGAUAGGUAUCGCCUUCACGGGUUCAGGCAAGACACUGGUGUUCACAUUGCCUGUCAUCAUGUUCUGCCUGGAACAAGAAAAAAGAUUACCUUUCUCCAAGCGUGAAGGGCCCUAUGGACUCAUCAUCUGCCCCUCGCGGGAGCUCGCCCGGCAGACCCAUGGCAUCCUGGAGUAUUACUGCCGCCUGCUGCAGGAGGACAGCUCCCCACUCCUGCGCUGCGCUCUCUGCAUCGGGGGCAUGUCUGUUAAAGAGCAGAUGGAAACCAUCCGACACGGUGUGCACAUGAUGGUGGCCACCCCUGGGCGCCUCAUGGAUUUGCUGCAGAAGAAGAUGGUCAGCCUAGACAUCUGCCGCUACCUGGCUCUGGAUGAGGCUGACCGCAUGAUUGACAUGGGUUUCGAGGGCGACAUCCGCACCAUCUUCUCCUACUUCAAGGGCCAGCGGCAGACCCUACUCUUCAGUGCCACCAUGCCUAAGAAGAUUCAGAACUUUGCCAAGAGUGCCCUGGUAAAGCCAGUCACGAUCAACGUGGGCCGCGCUGGGGCCGCCAGCCUGGAUGUCAUCCAGGAGGUGGAAUAUGUCAAGGAGGAGGCCAAGAUGGUAUACCUGCUUGAGUGCCUACAGAAAACACCCCCACCCGUGCUCAUCUUUGCGGAGAAGAAGGCAGAUGUGGAUGCCAUCCACGAGUACCUGCUGCUCAAGGGGGUCGAGGCGGUGGCCAUCCAUGGGGGCAAAGACCAGGAGGAACGGACCAAGGCCAUCGAGGCAUUCCGGGAGGGCAAGAAGGAUGUCCUGGUGGCCACAGACGUAGCCUCCAAGGGCCUGGACUUCCCUGCCAUCCAGCAUGUCAUAAAUUAUGACAUGCCUGAGGAG